CUCCGAAAAUUUCCAAGACUCGAGGACGAGCACAAAGAUGAGUACCGAAAACGAUGAGGCUUUGACUCGUUAUUGUAAUAGGAUCGCAUCAAUAUCCUUAGUCUCUUUUAACAAUUACCCGGUUUGUCCCGGUUAAGUAUUUCAUGGUUUUAGUAUUGGUCGUGUGUGGACCAUCUUCUUCUCUUAAAAAAAAAAUGCAAUCGUCUACAUAAGAUACCAUGGCAAGACUCGGGUUGGUAACCCUGUUGAUUGCAUAGCUAUAGUUAGAAGAACCUUUGGUGAGCGUAAGGGUAAGAUAUACUUCAGUCUCCAGGGUAGGAUUCAAAGUGCACAAAGUAUACCAAAAAUGGGUUGUCACUACUGCGCAUAAUCUGUGGUCCAAUUCUGCAACAGGAGUUUUAAUGGAGGAAAAUAAAGCUAAAAGAGAGGAUGAUGAUAUGAUCAGCAAAUUACCAGACACUUUGAUUUCUGAGAUACUCUUUUAUCUUCCAACAAAGGAAGCUGUUAGGACAAGUGUUUUGUCCAAUAGGUGGAGAAGUCUCUGGCUUUUGGUUCCUGGUUUGGAUUUGGACUCUUGUGAGUUCUUAGAUUUCAAUGCUUUCUCGAGUUUUGUCAACAAGUGCUUAGAUUUCUCAAGAGAAAACGAGUUAUGCUUGCACAAGCUCAAGCUAAGUAUUCACCAGGAUGAGAAUGAGAAUCACAACCAGUUUUGUGUCACGCGUUGGAUAGAUUUCGUGGCUAAGGGAAAACUUAAGCAUCUUGAUGUUGAGCGCUUUCUGAAGCGUAAGUGUUUGGAAGUGAUCAUGCCCGUAAGCCUCUUUGUCUGUCAGACGUUAGUUUACUUAAGACUCAGUCGCGUGUUGUUUAGUACUAGUUUUGAGGAAUCGUCGUCUGUAUCAUUACCUCGUCUUAAGACUCUGCGUCUAGAACUCAACGUAUAUUCAAAUGAGACAAGUCUAGAGUCGCUAAUCUCAUAUAUCCCCGUGCUUGAAGAUUUGACCAUUGUUAGAAGAGUAGGUGAUAAUGUUAAGUAUUUAAGAGUGCGUUCCCAGACACUAACCAGUCUCCGUAUAAAAUUCCAACUUAGAAGACAAUCCGAGUAUUAUGGGGAGGUUGAUGUCCUUGUGGUUAGGGGUUAUGGCCAGGGGGGGUUUUUGAUUGAUGCCCCUAGACUCAAGUAUUUGAAUAUCGAAGAUGAAAGAACAACUAUUAAAACCAUAACCAAUUUGGGUUCCUUAAACAAGGUCAAUCUUCUUGGCAGCUUUUUUAUCCGGGGUGAUGAUCAAGACCGUAAAUUUUUCACCAGUUUAUCUGGAGUAAGAGAUAUGAACCUCUCUCGCGCAUCUUUCUUGUACUUCAUGAAUGUGGUGCCAUUACCCCAGUUUUGCAACCUGUACCAAUUGGAAGUAGGUCUUUGCUAUUUUUCCUUUUUUGACAGGCUGCUAAUGUUUCUUCCAAGCUGUCCGAAACUAAGAUCCCUAAUCUUGAAUUUAAUAGGUUAUUGGGGAAAAAUGAGUCUCUCGUCCGAGCAUCUGUGUUUGUUGUCUUCGCUCGAGUUUGUAGAGAUGGAAUGCAUAUUUAGGAGAUAUCCCAGUCUGGAACUAGUAAUAAGUAAUCCUCAAGACACUGCAUCUACAUCUGAAUCUGAGAUCUUCCAUGCUAGAAGAAAAUUCUUUCGUCUUAAGUGAUCUUCUUGCAUUAAUGGUAAGGCAUACUUCAGUCUCCAGGGUAGGAUUCAGAUCCCCGAAAGUAUACUAAUAUAAUGGGUAGAAUUGGAGUCCACGAAAAGCAUAAAAACAACACGGCCUCAGUCUGGUUUGUCAUGUGCAACGCCAGGCAUUCAAAACUAAGCUUCCUCUUGCUUAUUUCACCUAGCGAACCAUUGGAAAAUGUGGAACAGUUAAUAAUAAUUAAACAGCUUUUGGAUUUUUAAGUGAAUCUGCAAGUGCAAGUGCUCGUUGGACUUCUUUAAUACGGAGUCGAAGCUCUCUCACAAAAUGGGCGUUGGCCUUUGCAGAUGGUGAAGAUGCAGCUUCUGAAGGAGUACCUGAACUAAGUCAAGAAGUAACUCAAGCGAACAGAGCAACAUGAACAAGAUUAAGGAAAUAUGCAGAAUCUUGUUAUGGCGGUUUGAAGUGAAGACUAGAAACUUAGAGAAGAUUCUAGAAGACUGAAGAGUUUCCUUUUGCAAGAAGAAAAGGAAAACAUGAAGACAAAGGACAAUUUCCUAUUCCAUAAAGAAAAAGGAAAUUGUCCAUUCCAAUUAGUUUUAGAAUUGGAAAUCGACCUGUUGUAUGGUCUCAACCUAUUUAGUAUAAAUAGGGUGCUAAGGCUUGCAGAAAGCUUAGCACAAUCACGAGAGAGAAUUCCUAGCUAUUAAGUCUUAGUUUGAGAGAAAUAGAGAACUAGAGGCUUAAAGAGAGCUAAGGGUUUUAAGGAGAGUUAUUGUUCUUAAUCGGUCUGUGAUUAAGGAACAAGACUUAGUGAGAAUAGAAAAUAGUGUUAAAGGAGAAACCUUGUAAACAUAUUUUCUAUUAAUCGAAAGAGUUUUUGAGAAA